CUGACUCUACUUCUAAAAUCAUCUACCCAUGUCAUGUUUCUCACUCUCUUUUCCACAACCACUACAUACAUAAAUAGCACUCUUUUGUUCCCUUCGUUUUAGUAUAUAGAAAUAAACAAGCAAACAAACUCACUCCAUGGCUUUUACUUCUACUGCUAAUUUCGUCCAUGGAUCUUCCUUAGCUUGCUGGGAUCUUCAAAAUCUUGGACUUCUCAAUCCAGACAUGUCUUUAGCUUCUUCUUCUUCUCCGUUUUUCUCUUCUCUGGACUCUGAUUUCUCUACUGGGUAUUUAGAAGAUGCUUUGCUCGAAUUUAGUGAACGUUCAAAGCGACGACGUUUGCUUUUGUACACUGGUGAUCAUCAUCAGAUCAAAAAAUCAAAUGAUCAUCUUGCAAAGAGCUACUGCAAUGCAAACUAUGAUUGGGAAAUGUCUGAGAAUUUUAGUUGCAUGAGCUACAUUACGAGCAGCAUUAAUGGAGUUUCAGAUGGACCCAUAAGCACAUCAAUAAGCGAUAUAAGCGAGGAAGCAAACGCAAUUACAGAAAUGAAAACACCAGAAGAGGAAUUAAUAUCAGCUUCCCAUGAAACUCUCGAUUCAUCAUCUUCUCCCUAUAAAGACUCAGCUAAGACCAAAUCCAUUUUCGACAAGGAAAACCAGUUUCAAUCAGAUGAUGAAGAGAAGAGAAAGAAGAGGGUAAUAACAAGGGUAGUAUAUCCAUUUGCACUGGUGAAACCAGGAGGAGUUGAAGGAGACAUGACUAUAAAUGAUAUAAACGAAAGGAUCUUGAUGCCGCCAACGAGGCCGGUAAGGCAUCCUGUAGGUGAUUUUGCUUGUAGGCCAUGUGUGUCGGCAGACGGACUAGGCCUUUCAGGGAAAGCUGUGGUGGCUCUUACAAGAAUUCACACGCAAGGGAGAGGCACAAUCACUAUUAUUAGAACCAAAGGUUAAAUCUCAGAAAUAUGAAAUAUCAGUACUCGUUUUGCUGUGCUUAGUUAGUUCUUGUUUUCUCUCUCUCCCUCUUUGUUUGAAUUGUAUAGAAAAUAUAUGGUUGUAAAAUAGUCACUUUCUAGAGUUAUAGACUCUAUUUGCUUAUUAAUGUUGAAACCUCAAACUUCAUCUUCCAAAUAGUACAAGAAAAAACAGUUUCAACGGUCAAAA